GCGCGGGAAGUUUUGCAUUUAGAGUGUUUCUCGUAAACACCCAACAAGUGACAUGUUUCCUGGCCGACUCAUCGAUUUGUAGUGUUUAACCUCACAAUGUCGCGACUAGGAAGGUUCCUGUUUUGCCAGAGGAUUUCCUCCCUUUUGCCGCCCAGGAGACUCCCUGAUGGAUUGGUGAGACGUUCCAUGGCCACUGAGAGGGCGCCCAAGAAGGCGGUGGGGCCGAUAACGUGGCGCAGCCUCGGCAUCAUCACAAUUGCCGGAGCCGGUGUGAUGGGAUUUAUGUAUUACGUGAAGCAGGAAAAAGAGAUGGCUAUGCUGAAGGAGCGGAAGAGGCAGCUCGGCAAGGCGGCUAUUGGCGGACGAUGGGAAUUGGUGGAUUGCGAGGGAAAAACGAGGAAAUCUGAGGAUUUCCAGGGCCAGUGGCUCCUGAUCUACUUCGGAUUCACCCACUGUCCGGAUGUAUGUCCAGAGGAGCUGGAGAAAAUGGCAAAAGUCGUUGAUAACAUCGACGCCCUCAAGGAUGUGCCCAAUAUUCAGCCCCUGUUCAUCACGGUGGAUCCUGAGAGGGACUCCAAAGAGAUCGUGGGGAAGUAUGUGAAGGAGUUCUCGCCCAAAUUGCUCGGCCUGACAGGGAGUUUGGAGCAAAUUCACCAGGUGUGCAAGGCUUUCCGGGUGUAUUACAGCGCUGGUCCCAAAGACGUCGACGAUGACUACAUUGUCGACCACACAAUCAUCAUCUAUUUAGUGGAUCCCAACGGACAAUUUGUGGACUAUUAUGGCCAGACGAUGCAGGCAGAGCAGAUAUCCACGUCCAUCGCGGUGAACAUGGCCAAAUUCAAUCAGAUGAACGAGAAGUCCUGGUUUGGGUGAUAUCCAGCCACCUUUGAGUUCUACAAAGUCGAGUAAGUGAGCAAGAAAAGUCGUGAUGUAACAUACAAAAAUGCAUUUUCACUUUAUUUACAUUCUCACGCGUUUUUUACACUGUUGCCAUCCCAUUUUUUGUCCUCUACUGAGUUAUUUUGGUUAUUUUCCACUCUUUUUUACUUGUUCACAUCAUAUAAACCUUACUAAUACGUUAAAAAUUGAUUUGGCUUCUGUGGACGAGAAAAACCGCUCAAUUUUGUUCCGCAGAAGCAUAGAAAAUUAAAGAGACGCGAAAUUUGUUUGGGGAACUGUGGCGAAUAUCCAUCAGGAAUGUAUAAAGUAAAAAUGGAAUGUCAUAUAAAUUCGGUACAAUUUUUAAUUAAAUACCAUGAAAUGAUGCAUGUAUUAUCAGUGCAUUUGUGAAACUGAUCCUGUUAUGAAUAUGACUUUUUUUAUGGUGAAAUGCAAACUCAGUCAUAUAUUUUUUUUCGAAAAUGUGCAAUCAAGUGGUAAAAAAAACAUGCCUUUUUACUUGUUAAAAGCAUAAAUUUUGCUUGAAUUUGAGACAGAUUUAAUUACUUUGUACACUUAAAAAAUGUAUGUGAAAUACAACGAAUGAGCACUAAUUAUAGUUUUAUAUAUAAAAUUUAUUGGAUUUUGCCUGUUACAAGAAAACGAGAAUAAAAUGAGACGAUAAAGUAUUUGACAAGGUGCAAAUAACUUUCAGAAGCCCUUGGUUGAUAUUCUCAGAGUAUCCUGAUGAAUAAUU